GUUGUUCCAAGCAGAAAAAUAUCGGAAUUAUUCGAUUACUUCAAUAAUUUAUUUCAGUGUUAUUUUCAUAUCAUUUCAUCGAUUGAACGCAGAAUUUUUCAACAAUACGUAUCUUACAUUACCUUGAAAGAAAGCAAUGCUCGUUUUAAUUGUUUCUCUAUCUUUUUUAUUUAUUUUGUUUAUAUUGUUAAUAAUUAUUCCGAUUUUACAUAGAAAUUUCGUUAAACGUCAAUCAAAAUAUCUAUGGAAUGUGCCCGGGCCGAAACCAAAUCCGUACUAUGGAAAUUUGGGAGCGUUUAUUGGAAAAUCUCCCGAUGAAUAUUUAAAAGAAAUUGCUUCUACUUUCGAAGAAUAUGGAGAUUUGGUGAAAGUUUACAAAGGUCCAUUACAAACUAUAUUGUUGGUCGGUAAUGAAAAAUUUGUAGAAUUUCUAUUGAGCUCCAGUAAAUUGAUCGACAAAUCUGAUGAAUAUGAUAAUUUGAAAAUGUGGUUGGGAAAUGGACUUCUAACGAGUACAGGCACUAAAUGGAAGCAACGUAGACGUUUGAUAACGCCAGCGUUCCAUUUCUCAAUAUUGGAAAAUUUCGUUGAUGUAUUUGAAAGCGCUAGUGAUAUUUUUAUUAAAACUCUAGCGACACAAGCUGAAAAAAAAUCCUUUGAUAUAUAUCCCUUGGUGUCUUUAUUAACACUUGACAUAAUCAGCGAAACUGCCAUGGGUAUAUCAAUAAACGCCCAAAUAAACAACCAAUCCGAAUAUAGAGCUGCCGUCAAAGAGAUGUGUUCCUUGAUACAUUCCAAGAAUUAUUCAAUUGUUGCAACAAUAGGUUCAUAUCUAUAUCCCUUUACGCCUAACUACUACAAAGAAAUCAACACAUUGGAGAAACUUCAUUCGCAUACCAUUUCGGUAAUUAGAAAGAAAAUGGAAGAACGUAAGGAAUCUGAUGAUAGUGAAGAAGACGACGAUAUAGGUAUAAAAAAGAGAGUUGCUUUUUUGGAUCUGUUACUAAAAAGUACUGUUAACGGUCAGAACUUAUCUGUGGAAGACAUUAGAGAAGAAGUGGAUACGUUUAUGUUUGAAGGACAUGACACUACUUCAUCUGCAAUAUCUCUCACACUUUAUGCUUUGGCAAACAAUCCAGCAGCUCAGGAAAAAGCACUUGACGAACAAAAAAUUAUGUUUGGAAACUUGGCAACAGCUAGACCCAAAAUUGGAGAUUUGCAAAAUAUGAAAUAUUUGGAGAUGGUUAUAAAAGAAACGUUACGACUUUAUUCGUCAGUACCUUUUUUUGGAAGAACUGCAUCCGAGGAAUUUGAGUGGAAUAAUAUAAUCGUUCCAAAAGGUCAACAGAUUGUUAUAUUCCCAUACAUAAUACAUAGAAACCCAAAAAAUUUUCCGGAACCUCUGAAAUUUAUACCAGAGAGGUUUGAAACCAUUGAUGGAACCCGUCCCUACACAUACAUCCCGUUCAGCGCUGGACCUAGAAACUGCAUUGGGCAAAAAUUUGCAAUGCUCGAAAUGAAAAGUACAGUGUCAAAAGUGUUGAGAAAUUAUGAACUACUUCCGGCGAAAAAUCAUCGACUCAAACUAGCUCCUGAAUUGAUAUUAGUCUCCAAAAGUGGUAUACAUUUGUCGGUAAAAAAGAGGGAAUAAAAUAAAAAUUAUGUAUGCCCUACUGUUACUGACAAGCAUUAUCGAAAUAGUGAAACUAAUAUUUUUUGCAGCAAUUUAUUUUUUAUAUUUUUUUCAUGAUAGUAUUUAAGUAAAUAUAUUUUAACUUCAA